AUGGAGGUUAUUAAAACUCUAUUUCUUAUUGCUUCCUUCAGCUCCAUUAAAUGUGAGCCUCUUCAAACAAGUUUACUACACGCAGCCAGGCAGCAUAUUAACCGCCAGGAUCACUUGGAGGAAACCCUAAGAGACUCUGCCAUCAUUUUGGUUGCUCAGUUUCUUCAGGAUGCAGCUUAUGUCAAGGUCCAAACCAUAGCUGAAGAGUUACUGGAUCGAGCUGAGAAGUGUAAGAGUCUCAGACCACACGAGUCACCUGCGGAGUGCGCUCACCAGUUGAGGGGUACCUUCCUCACCCAUAUUUGCAACGACCAAGGGCUGAUGGGCAAUCAAGUGUUCAGUGACUGCUGUAAGAUGGAAAUUACAGCAAGACUCCAGUGCUUCCUGUCCUCCAAGAAAGAUGACACAGACAGCAUCGAUGUACCCCUGAUUCCAAGGCCUGAGCUGACCUGUGAGACAGAUGAGGGGACUCACAUGUCACUGAAGACAAGGUCCAGCUAUGAAAUUUCUUGAAGGUAUCCAUUCUUACACUGACCCACUAUCUUGACCAUGUCUGCUUGCUAUUAAACAGCUGUUUGGUCAUGUUGUCAAGAAGAAAAUAAAACCGAGUGCCUGCAGACAAAGCUAGAACCUAUCAGAAGAUAUAUUAGAGAAAUAUCUGCGAGACAUCGUCAUUUAUGUGAAAUCAGGAUUAAAUUCGAUGACAAAAUAGCAAGAGCUGUAGAAUUGAUUCUGCUCACUAAAAAGCAACCUAAAGCUAACUUUUCUGAAAUUGCCAAACUGACCACAGAUAUUAAAAAUCUGCAUGAGAUCUGUUGUGAAGGAAAUACAGUGGCAUAUGCACUGGGCAGGCACCAGCUUAUGAACUACACCUGCUCUCACCAGGCCAUCUUGUCCAGCAAGUUUGCCCAGUGUUGUGAACAGUCAGAACCAUUCCGUGGGGAAUGCAUUAUCAACUCAGAAAACGAUGACAAGCCCAACUUGACAUGCCUGGCACUCAGAAAGUUUACCGAAGACCAGUCUGCCUGCAAACAAUUUAGUGACAAGCAGGACGACUUUCUACAAGAGUUUCUUUAUGAAUAUUCAAGAAGACACCUGGAGUUGGCAGUUCCAGUGAUUUUAAGAAUACUUGCAACAUAUAAACAGUUGCUGGAGGAAUGCUGCAAGUUAGGAAAGCCUUUGGAAUGCCACCACCGUGGGAAAGAGAUGUUCCAAAGAGUGGUCCAUGAAGGCCGUGACCGUGUGAAAACUUACUGUGACUUACACAGAACGUUAGGAGGCAGUAACUUCCAGGACAGGCUUACCAUCCUUUAUACUAAGAAAGCCCCACAGCUGUCUGUGCAGGAGUUGGUGGCAUUCACAAGGAAGAUGGCAGCAGCUGCCAGUAGAUGCUGCCCACUAAGCGACGAGCUGCAGUCUGCCUGUGUGGAGGAUGCGGCCAAGCUGAUCCUUGGCGCUCUGUGCCGACGACAUGACGCCAAGCAUGUCAACGCUGGAGUGGACCGCUGUUGCAACGACUCCUAUGCCUUCAGAAAGCCCUGCUUUGAUGACCUGCGAGUUGACGGAGCUUACAUUCCUCCACCUUUAUCUUGUGACCAAAUCAUCAGCCUUAAAGAGGACUUGUGCCGAGUACAGGAGGACGAGCUCCAAACUGAAAAGCAAAAGCUCCUCAGUAACCUCGUGAAGCAGAGGCCACAAGCGGCAGAGGGUGCAUUCCAGGCAGUUGGCGCAGAGUUCACGGAGCUGGUGGCGAUGUGCUGCCACGCAGAAGAGCGGGUACCGUGCUUUCAGGAAGAGGGACCCCAACUGAUCAGGAAGUGCCAGUCCCUCUUAGAGGCCGACUCAUCUCAGAGAGUGACGAUGUAG